CGCAACAAAAUCAUUAACCAAGCCUCCAUAACGGUUGUAACUUUCAUUUCACCAAAAUGGCUUCUCCAUUUUCACUCCUCAAUCUCAUUAGCCUGUUGGUGUUGCUGUUUGUUCUGGGCUACACGGGAGAGUCACGUGACCCAUUCGCGUGUGACCCAAAGAACAGCAACACCAAUGACUUGUCCUUCUGCAAGGCAAGUCUGCCUAUAGCGGAGAGGGUGAGGGACUUGAUUGGGAGGCUGACGUUAGAGGAGAAGGUGGGGUUGCUGGUGGACAAUGCGGCGGCGGUUCCGAGGCUUGGGAUGAAAGGGUACGAGUGGUGGUCGGAGGCGCUUCAUGGGGUGUCAAAUGUGGGGCCCGGGACCAGGUUUGGCGGGGAGUUCCCUGGCGCCACCAGCUUCCCUCAAGUCAUCACUACCGCUGCUUCCUUCAAUGCCUCUUUGUGGGAGGCCAUUGGACAGGUUGUCUCGGACGAAGCAAGGGCAAUGUAUAACGGAGGAACAGGUGGACUAACAUACUGGAGCCCCAACGUGAACAUCUUUAGGGACCCUAGGUGGGGCCGUGGACAAGAAACUCCCGGUGAGGACCCUGUCUUAGCCGGUAGAUAUGCUGCUAGUUAUGUGAGGGGCCUACAAGGAGCAGACGGUAACCGGUUGAAGGUCGCUGCUUGCUGCAAACACUUCACCGCGUAUGAUCUUGAUAAUUGGAACGGUGUGGAUCGCUUCCACUUUAACGCACAGGUGAGCAAGCAGGACAUAGAGGACACAUUUGAUGUGCCAUUCAGAAUGUGUGUGAAGGAAGGCAAAGUAGCGAGUGUGAUGUGUUCUUACAAUCAGGUGAAUGGUGUCCCCACUUGCGCCGACCCCAAUCUCCUCAAGAAAACGGUUCGUGCCCAAUGGGGUCUUGAUGGUUACAUUGUAUCUGAUUGUGACUCUGUGGGAGUCUUCUAUAGCAGCCAACACUAUACUUCUACGCCUGAAGAAGCUGCUGCCGAUGCCAUCAAAGCUGGUUUGGAUUUGGAUUGUGGUCCUUUCCUUGGGCUUCACACCCAGGAUGCAGUAAAAAAGGGCUUGUUGGCUGAAGCCCAUGUCAACGGUGCUCUAGCAAAUAUUCUUUCAGUCCAAAUGAGGCUGGGCAUGUUUGACGGAGAGCCAUCGGCCCAACCAUAUGGCAACCUGGGACCAAGAGAUGUGUGCAGCCCGGCCCAUCAACAACUAGCCCUUGAGGCCGCCACGCAAGGAAUCGUACUCCUUAAGAAUGAUGGCCCCUCUUUGCCUCUCUCCCCAAAGCGUCACCAAAACGUCGCUGUCAUUGGGCCCAAUUCUAAUGUCACUGCCACAAUGAUCGGCAACUAUGCGGGUAUUGCUUGCGGAUACACAAGCCCCUUACAAGGAAUAAUGAGAUAUGCACAAACAAAUUAUCAUAUGGGUUGUGAUAAAGUCGCUUGUAUUGAUGACAUGCAAAUUGGGCCGGCUAUAGAAGCAGCCCGUCAAGCAGAUGCAACUGUUUUAAUAAUGGGCCUGGACCAAUCCAUUGAGGCUGAAACCGUUGACAGGGCUGGCUUGCUUUUACCGGGCCACCAACAAGAUCUCAUUUCAAAAGUAGCAGCAGCCUCAGGAGGCCCAACAAUUUUGGUGUUAAUGUCCGGAGGGCCUGUGGACAUCACUUUUGCGAAGAACGAUCCUCGAGUUUCUGCCAUCUUAUGGGCCGGCUAUCCGGGCCAAGCCGGUGGCGCCGCCAUUGCGGAUAUCUUGUUUGGAAGUUCCAACCCAGGAGGUAAGCUACCUAUGACAUGGUACCCACAAGAGUACCUUAGAAACUUGGCAAUGACAAAUAUGGCAAUGAGAUCAAGCCCAUCAUACCCAGGAAGGACAUACAGAUUCUACAAGGGCCCAGUGGUGUACCCAUUUGGACAUGGGCUUACGUACACCCAUUUUGUUCAUAGAGUAGCUAGUGCACCCAAAUUGGUGUCAGUUCCAGUGGAUGGACACCGCCGUACAAAUAACACAAACUUGGGGAACAAGGCAAUUAGAGUGACUCAUGCACGGUGUGGGAAGCUCUCCAUCACCAUUCACGUGGACGUUAAAAAUAUGGGCUCAAGAGAUGGCACUCACACAGUGCUAGUGUUCUCAGCUCCCCCUGCCGGGGGUGGUAAUUGGGCUCCACAGAAGCAACUUGUGGGCUUUGAGAAAGUCCAUGUCCCUGCACAGGCCCAACAGCAAGUCCAAAUCAAGAUCCACGUGUGCAAGCUGCUUAGUGUAGUAGACAAGUCCGGGAUUAGGAGAAUCCCAAUGGGGGAACAUAGUCUUCAUAUUGGUGAUGAUGUUAAGCACUCAAUUUCACUUCAAGCACAAGCACUUGGGAUUAUUAAGUCUUAAAUCAUUGUCUAUUAUUCAUAGUGCAAAGGCAAACUGUUCAUAGAUUCAUCCAAAGAAUUGUAUUCUAGAACUCUCUUCUCCUUUAGGAUAUGGGGAUUAUCAUUGUAAUUGUAAGUUUGAUUAAACAGAUUGGUAUUUGGCAAUAAGAUAUCCAUGUUCUUGAUA